CGAGGAGUGGGAAACCAGGGCCCACUUCCUGUCCGGGCAGGCCCGGGCGUUCGCCUCCUCCGCGGGCCUGCGUCCUCGGCGCUGAGGACAAGCGGCUGAGCCUGGAGCCCGGGGCCCCGAGCAUGCUGCCAGGCGCGCGGCGCACGCGGGGCCAGGAAGGCGCGGGGCGCGCGCGCAGCCCGUCCGCCCGCCCCGCCGGGUCUCAGCGGCCUCCCGCGCGGCGCGCCCGGCGGCGUCGGGGUUAAGCGCGAGGAGGCGGGUCCGCGGCGAGCCGGGCGCGCGGCGUGCGGGGCCGCGGCUGCGGGGCGGGGGCUGCGGCCGGGGGCGGUUCCGGGCGGCCGGGGGCGGGCGGAGGAAGGGGGCGGGUCCAGAAGUUGUUCCGCGCUGGGCUGGCGGGCGGCCGGGCGAGCGGGGCGGCGGGCCGGCGGGCGGACCGGGCCGGGGCUGGAGAAGUUUUUGCGCUGCGGCUCGUGAGCGCGGGGGUGGGGGCCCGGCCGGCCGCUGCGGGCCCGCUGCCAUGGCUUUCCGCAGGAGGACGAAAAGUUACCCGUUCUUCAGCCAGGAGUUCGUCAUUCACAACCAUGCGGACAUCGGCUUCUGCCUGGUGCUCUGCGUCCUCAUCGGGCUUAUGUUCGAGGUCACAGCCAAAACUGCCUUCCUAUUUAUUUUACCUCAGUACAACGUCAGUGUGCCUACAGCAGUGUUGGGUCCCAGAGUUCUUCCUCACCCCAGGGAUGCUGACAGGACUCUUCUUACCUCCACAGACAGCGAGACCGUGCACUACCACUACGGCCCGAAGGACUUGGUCACAAUCCUCUUCUACAUAUUCAUCACCAUCAUCCUGCAUGCUCUGGUUCAGGAGUACAUUUUAGACAAGAUCAGCAAACGACUUCAUCUCUCCAAGGUCAAGCAUAACAAGUUCAAUGAAUCUGGACAGCUGGUCGUCUUUCAUCUCAGCUCGGUGAUAUGGUGCUUCUAUGUGGUGGUGACGGAAGGCUAUCUAACAAACCCGAGAAGCCUCUGGGAAGACUACCCGCAUGUGUACCUCCCCUUCCAGGUGAAGUUUUUCUACCUGUGCCAACUGGCCUAUUGGCUGCAUGCAGUCCCUGAGCUGUACUUCCAGAAGGUACGCAAGGAGGAAAUUCCCCGCCAGCUGCAAUACAUUUGCCUGUAUCUGGUCCACAUAGCUGGAGCAUACCUCUUAAACCUCAGCCGCCUGGGUCUGAUCCUGCUGCUCCUGCAGUACUCAACCGAGUUCCUCUUCCACAUGGCUCGGCUCUUCUACUUUGCAGAUGAAAACAACGAGAAGCUGUUUAGUGCCUGGGCUGCUGUGUUUGGGGUCACUCGCCUCUUCAUCCUCACCCUCGCUGUGCUUGCCAUUGGCUUUGGACUGGCUCGCAUGGAAAACCAGGCGUUUGACCCUGAGAAAGGGAACUUCAACACCUUGCUUUGCAGGCUGUGCGUGUUGCUGCUGGUGUGUGCCGCCCAGGCCUGGCUCAUGUGGCGUUUCAUCCACUCCCAGCUGCGGCACUGGCGGGAAUACUGGAACGAGCAGAAUGCCAAGCGGAGAGUGCCAGCUGCCUCUAGACUACCAGCCAGGCUCCUGAAGAGGGAAUCCGGGUACCAUGAAAAUGGAGUGGUGAAAGCAGAGAACGGAACCUCCCCACGGACUAAGAAACUCAAGUCUCCCUGAGGCCAAAGUGCGGAGCUCGGGCAUGCUUGCGCUGGGGGCCCAGCAGCGGGGUGGCAGGGGCCCAGCCCCUCGGCCUCUGCCUUCCUGCUCGCCAUGCCCUUUCUCACGCAGCAGAGGCUUGUCUUUAAUGGAGGGCAUUCUCCUUCUGGCUUCUCAGCUUUCUCCAGCUUCACAAACCCCUUUCAAUAAAGCCAAAAAUCUUCUUCUUUCUCUCCCUCCAACCCCCUCUACUCCGGGGAGGCAGGUUGGGUUUUCCCAGAGGUUGUCUUUCAGCCUCUUCUUGGCUUGUCCUCCAUGACUGCUGCCUUCUCUUUUCGUCUCUCUCUUUGUCUCACCUCUGCGUGUAGUUUUUCUGUGCUGUUUCCAGUGGGAGGGAGUUAAGACUGUGGUCCUAGGCUUCUCAAUCUGGGGGCCCCGGGAAGCUCUGCACCCACGAGCCUCUGCCUCGGGCUGCCAGCAUGCCCCUCGGCUGGUCCUUGUGUGGGCAGGCAAGGAGAGGAGAGACCAGUCCUGCCCGGAUCAUCAUCUCUUGGGUGCUGAUGAACUAAUGAGAUGCAUGAUUCCAACUCUGCACGAGGCAUUGCGAGGCAUAGCAGCCAGUGCUAGUCAGAAACGCCAAGGCCUUUGUCUUUGGAAUGUGACAACUCAGUCCAGAUGGAUGGCUGUCCACUCUGCUGGUCCCCUGACUCAAAAGAGUGGCUGGCUUUGAACUGAAAAAAACAGCCUGCCCGUCGCUGUUCCGAGCCAGAGCAGAGCACGCCAGUGGCAGCAGCGCCUUCUGCAAGAGGGAGCAGCAGCAGAAGCGACAGCACCAUCAACCUCGGCCUUUGGGCCCCCAGCCGCAGCGGCUUCUUCACCAGCAUUCAAAACCAAACCAAACAGCUCUUCACAAACCCACCCUGGACACGUUGGUCUACACGCCAGGACCAGCCCACCUGUCCCAGGCUAGGCUUGCUCUCUGUAUUUCAUCUCCCCGGCUGCAGAAGCACAAAGCCUCCAGGAUACCAGCCCCACCCCAGUUCCCUUGUGCCCCUGGGAGAGCCAGCUGUGACCUCCCUCACCGCAUGUUGAAUCGUUGUCACUCGUAGGUGCAGCACAAAACCUGGACUGGCUCAGACUCGCUCUUUGGGGUGAAUGAGCGGGCAUAGCUGCAUGCUGGGCAUCUUCUGCCCGGGGCCUCUCCGUGUUCUUUCCCUCCCCCCGCCCCCAUGACAAGGCUUGCAAGUCCUCAUGGUGGCUUGUGAGGACUUCUGGAAGAGGGGAUGGUCUUGGCCAGGUCCUCCUAAAGGGCUCCUGGUCUGUGCUGAGGCAAAGGGAUCUUUCUUGGCAGGCGCAGGAUUGUUUACAUGAUCGAUACAUGGCUCUGAUUUUCGAGAUCACAGCAGAAACCAGACCUUGUGUUUUAAUCCAGAAAUGGGGGGAGGUGGGUCUUUUCAGCAAAGCACUUCUCUUGAACAAGUCAUCUGUAUUAUAGCUAGAUUACAAUGGCUAGUCACUGAGGGCCACCAUUGGAGACCUUUGUGUCCAGGGUAGAGUUGUAGAAAUGGAAAGAGCUACCCUGGGCUGCGUUUAAGUUUGCAAGGAAAGGUAGGUGAUAUUUUGGCAGUUAGGCUUUCCUCCCAUCCCUCUCACCUUUUCAGAUCUGAAAGACCCUCGGCAUUUCUCUCAGUCCUGCUGUAGUGUCUCUGAGUUCCUGGGAACUGCCAGUGGAGGGCGAGCGCAGCCAGCAGCCUCCCCAUCCUGAGUCCUGGGAGGUGCCUUGCCAGCUUCCUGCAGCAGUUCCCUGCCACCACCACUGCUCCAGAGGACUGCAGUGUCUUCAUCAAGCACGCGUGGCAGUGCUGGCGACAUACUGGGUGCUGGGAAGGCAGGGGCUGUGCUCUCCAGCUGCCUCUCUUGCUGUCUUGGGUUCUAGAGCCAAUGUGGUUUUGUGUUCCCGUAGUUUCCUUCAGGCUUCCAGCUGUGCCCAUAGACUAUGCCUUGAACCUGGCCUCACCUGAUGGCAGUUGAGCUUAACUUGGGCUCUGUUUUCUACAGGGCAGGGCUUCUGUUCAUUAGAAGUUAGUAAAAUCUUUUCUGUUAAACAAACAAAUCCUCGGAGUAUGAAUAAGAUUGGCAUCUCUCUAGCCUGAACUUGGUUCAUGUUCAUGGGGUUGGAGAGUAAUAGAGCACUUUUUCCAUCCUCUCUGCCAGCCCCCUUCCCCUGGCUUCCCUGGGACAUUGAUGUCAUGGCAGGGUCAAGUCUUUGGCAGGUUGACACAAUUGUCUUGCAGGAGCUCAUAUAGUUCCUCCCCCCACUGGGAGCCCAUUGGGCUAACCUGUCUUAAUUUGGCAAUUUUGUAUACUCUAUCCUGUCCUCAAAGUACCUAGGUAUGAGGGAAGGCCCUGCCAGACACUUCCAAGUUUGAGAGGUUGCCCCAGUACCAUCUUCCAAGAGCAGAAGAUGCUCAUCUACCUCAGUACCUGUUGCCUCUGACAUCCCUGGCUGGCAUCCAUGUGUGGGGAGGCCAGCACCUGGCAGUGGGAGGGGAAAAGGGAUGGUGCUGAUCAACAGGAGUGGGGGGUUCCCUGGGGUUGAUGCCCCUCCAUGGUGUGCCUGGAG